GAGAUGAAUUGUGAUGGUAUUCCGUUGAAUGAGUUAGUGUAGUACAUGUAUGCUUGUCAUUUUAUUCGUUUUCCAAUAACAAUUUUACAUUUAUAAAGAAAUUCAACAUCUGUGUCGGUGGGUGCCGGUGUCGGUGCGGUACGGAUAUCAACUUGAACGUGCUAGGCUUGGGGCCCCGUGAAUAACUGGGAGAGAAGCGACUCGUACCGUAAUAUAUGUUUGUUUUUGUCUGCGCCAAUGCUGUGGCACUUGCAGCUGUACUUGUGAAGGAGUCGUGGUAUUAACUUGCAAACUUCAUGCAAAUCAUCAUGAACUGGUUGAAGACAAAAGGACUAGAUCUACAUAUCAUAUUUAUUUAUUUGCUAUUGAUUUGUCCGUUUUAUGCUUAUUCAUUGGAUACAGCUUGUGACCAUGUGACUGAUCGGAACACCACGGUCACAGUGACACAAAUCAGAUACGACCAUAAAUUCUACAUUAGAAUCGCCUUAGCCAGUGAAUAUGAGUACCAGUCAAGUUUGGAAGAUGCCUCCUCCAGUCUCUAUAGAACCAAGGCCAAUGAAAUUGAAGAUGAGGUUGAGAGUCAUCUUGAAACCUCCAGGGGGGAUUCCCUGACUUUCUAUGACGUGGUGGUUGUCCGUUUCAUCUCCAUCACCUCGUCUCCACCGUCGAUGAUGUCCAACCUCCCCGAUGACAUCACCCUCCAGGCGGACAUCAUCGUCAGUACAAGCAACGAUGGUGUGAGACCGGAUGAUCUAAGAACUCUCCUCCAGGAUUCCCAGAUGCCAGAUACUUCUACACUGUUCUAUGUCAUCACUGUAUCUGAAACAGUGGAUGUGUGUUUAAGAGAAGUUCUGCACACGUCUCAAGGUACGUUGACCUUUCCUGUAACUGAAGUAGGGAUCAGCCAAGGCACAGAAGAAAGAUGCCCUGUGGGUUUUGAAAGGGCUGGUGAGCUUUCCGUGGCUGUGCGUACCUGUAGUAGAAAAACAGAUUCACCUGGUCAUGCAGCCUGGGCUCAGUUUAUGUGUAGUGAUUGCGGAUCUAUUACACAGGAAGGAGAGCUACUAGAGCUCAGUGAACAGAUAACCAAUGCUAGGGAGAAUGAUCCGAACUUAGUCGUCAUCAGGGAUGCUAUAGAUUUGUUAAGAGACAGUGGUGACAUCACGAGUGUGGGCAUUCUUGCCAUUGCUGAAAUUCUGGAAGCGCUCGCAAAGACAGGAAACGUUUCUGUAGAGGUACUCCAAGAAGUCGGCACGUUACUCAGCCUGGCCCUAGAUGUCGAUAAGUCCGUCUUAGUCGAAGCCGAAACCCUCUACUUCUCGUCCUCCCGAAUCAACGGCGCACUCGAGAGCAUCCUGGCCAUCACCCACUUGAACGAUCGUCUGGACGUCACCACCACCUCCACCAACGUCGUCCUUGGUAUACGGAGGCUGGAGCAGGGUUCCCUCAAUUUUAACUGGUACGGCUUGAGCCUUUAUGCGGAUCAACCUAACUCGGGGAGUGGAAGCAGCUUACUUUUUGAUGAAAAUCCAACGCUGAUGUACGAUGAGGAUUCGACAGCUUCUCUGCAUUUCCAGUUUGGGGAUUUACCCACUCCAGGCCAGUCUGAUGUACGUCUGACCUAUACAAUCUACCCCAUGGACAAACUCUUUCAUACUGUAACGGGUCAAGAGGUUGUAGCAAAUGGAUGGGUCAUGUCAAUUCACCUUACAGGGGUCAGAGGUCAAAUUAGAAGCACAGUCACAACGACGAGUAGACCAGCUGUGCAGACCGUAGAGCCCCCAGCGUGUGGUUACUGGAAUGAUUCCAUUAAUGGCGGUCAUGGUGGAUGGAUCCAAGAUGGCUGCCAGCUCUCUGAGAUGCUCAGUGGAGACCUGAUGGUGUGUCAGUGUGAGAGCAGGGGUACCUUUGCUCUGAUCAAGGAUGCAACUGCUGAACCCUUUGUGUAUCCUCGACUCCAUGCCAUAGUCUUUAUCGGAGCAGGGAUUGCAUUUCUUGGUGCUCUGUCCUGCUUCUUGGUACUUAUUUGUGUUAAGAAACUUCGGAAGAGGCAGCUCUACCGGAUCGAGGCUGCCUUCUGCUUGCCUGUUGCCAUCUUCUACCUUGCCUUUGCUGCUGGUCAAAGUGCGCCCUCUAUGAUAACGGGCUGUGCAGUGGCUGCAGGAAUCCUUCACUACUUCAUCCUUGUCUCCACAUGUACUAUGGUGGCUGUUGCAGCUAAAUUCUAUGACACAUCUCGGUUGAAGGCAGUGGCCUCCAAGUGGUUUGUCUUGAACACAGUAGCGCCAUCAUGGGGAGUUCCACUGUUGGUUGUAUGUUUGACUUUGGCUCCUGCACCGAUUGUCUUCCAGAAUUCAAUUCCGAGAUGUUUCCUGAAUGGCAGCAACCCCUAUGCCCUUAUCUUUGCCCUCCUCCUACCCAUGGUAGCCUGCCUGAUCAUCACGGCUGUCAUUUUCUUCCUCACCAACCGGAACAUCAUUAAACAACCCACCAACACGUCAGGAAGCCACGAGGGCACUAAGACACCCUGGGCGUGGCUGACAACGGGACGCAUCGCCCAGAUGACAUUCAUAUUCAUUCUGUGCUAUGUGACAUGGCUCUUCCUGCUUGCUGUUGUGUACAGCGUCUUAGCAGAACUUCAGUAUAUCUUUGGCGUGUUCGCUAUCGUGCAAGGCAUAGCCUUUCCUAUCGUCCUAUGCAUCCUGGAUAAGGAGGUUAAAUAUGCCAUGAUGGCAGUGGUGGGGAAAGGCAAGGACAGCACCAGGUCUUUCCAGCCAUACUUCUCGGCGUCGCAGUGGCACCCUAACCCGGACAUCAUCCCCCAGGAUGCGCCCAAGCAGUUCCUGGACGACACACAGAGGAACAGCACGCUGACGCGCCAGAACUUCGAUCCGACCGUAAUUCCUUUAUCAGACACCGAGCAGCGCAGGAUCAGCAAAGCCGACAACGGCUAUGUCAAUCCCAUGGCAGAGCAGAGUGGGGAAGAGAUUGAGAUGACAAGUUUAAAAUCCAUCCAAACUCAAGAUUUCUCUGCAUACGAGGAGCCUAUAGGUAGUUUAUCACCAUCUCCAGUAAUAAGAAAGGAUCAGACGGAUAGAGACAAUGGACCCUUGAAUCGUAUUGCUGUAGAAGCUCAAAUUGAAUUUAGGUGAAAGCUAUCAAUUUAAUUUCCUGCUUAUUCAUUCCCAUAUUAUUCUUGUGUCAUCUGAAAUAUUGUACUCAUUUAUGAUGAAUCAUUUAUAGCCUUUAUUUUUCUUAUGAUAAUCAUCUUUUAGAAAACUAUUUAAACUAUUCUCUGUGUAGGGAAUAAUUGUUGUGGCAUUACAUAGCACCAGGAUAUAAACCGCAGUGACUUCAUGGUGCACACAGAUUAACGAACGCAAUCCACCGUUCUUCCUAUAUAGGGCAUUUACUGGUUUAAAGGGAAGUUCACACUGACAAAAACUUUGUUUUUAAUAGUA